AUGGAUUUCAUUGAUUCCAUUUCAGAGAAUCUAAAGCAUCUGUGCAGCAGCAAUUGCAAAGUUGAUGAAGCUCUGAAAAUUGUAAUGGUAACCCUUCAAGAGAAGCUAAUGUUCUUGAAGAGUUUCAUUCGCUUUGCAACACUGCGAGGUGUUGAGGGUCAGCCAUUGAUAGAUCUAUUGGUUCACGCUGAAGUUGUGGCUGUCAAUGCUGCAAGCCUGGCUUCUACAUCUUUUUUUCAAAAAAAUAGUAAGAAAGUGUGCAAAAAGAUGGAACCUCAAAUUUAUCAACUGAUACACAAGAUUGAUCCUGUUCAUCCUCAAGUCCGAGAAACUUAUAUCCAUGUCCUGCAAGCUUCCAAGUUAUUGAGAUCAUCAUGCGUUCUAGCUCUGGAGGAGAAUAAGAAUCCAGUGGCUGACUUUGUUGAUUAUCUCCUAUAUACUAUCAUGGAGCUAGAACAGUCUUACACCAGUUUCCCGGCUCCAGUGAAGGAUCAAGUGCUAAAACUCCACGAGGGAGUAAGAUUUCUGGGUAUCCUUAGCCAGCAGCAGGAGAAGUUCAAUGAGCUAAAUGAUGAAAUGAAGGAUCUUGCUAGAGUUGCAGUCUCUGAUGCAGGAAUCAUGAUUUUCUCCCUUUCCAUGAAUGAAAUGAAAGAAGGCUUGAGAAAGGAAACAGAUUUGGCGCUUUCUCAUUUGCUCGAAGUGCUCGAGUUGAUCAUUGCAGAAGUUGGACACAAUUAUCCACUACCAUCAUCAUCAUCACUUAGUUUCCCUAGAACUAAUGAGCUUGGCUCUCUUGAUUUGCUUCUAGAAACUCUCAAGGAACUAGCAAGUUCUACAGCUGAUUCAAUUGGUUUCCCAAAUGAACAAAUACGCACAAUCCUAGAAGAUCUUGUAUUCUUAAGAUCUUUCCUAGGAAAUAUUGUGCAGCGGUGCAACCAGAAUGGAAAACUCCAAGCUCUUUGGAGUCGUGUCAUGAAGGUUGCAUACAGUGUAGAAUUAAAAACUGACUCUGCACUGCUUGGUGAUAUACAUGAACAUUGUUUGGAUGUUGUUAUUGGAGAUGUCAAGCUUUUGAAGAUUGAGGCUGAAGAGAUCUAUGAUAACAUAAGAUACAAUGGUGAAACCCAGAUAGUUACCAAGACUACCAUUCACAUGCCAUCACAAAUUACUGCUCCAAUAUUUAAUGAAGCUCUAGUAGGUCACAAUGAUGAGGUGGAAAAUAUAAUUGAUAGACUUACGAGAGGAUCAAGCCAGUUUGAUGUUGUUGCUGUUGUGGGUAUGCCUGGACUAGGUAAGACAACUUUAGCCAAUAAUGUCUACAAUGAUCCUUUAAUAAAGUUUCACUUCCAUAUUCGUGCUUGGUGUACUGUUUCUCAAGUAUAUUGCAAGCACAAUUUAUUACUGCAGAUUUUUUGUGUUAUUGAUUCUUUGAGUUCUAACCACUAUCAUAAGAUGAAUGAAGAUGAUUUGGCUGAAAAGCUCUACCAGCAUUUGAAAGGGAAGAGGUAUGUCAUUGUUUUGGAUGAUGUUUGGGACAUUGACUGGUGGAAUUUGUUGAAACAUUCAUUGCCAGAUGAUUGCAAUGGAAGCAGGAUACUAUUAACCAGCAGAUUUCAGAAUUUGUCUUUGCAAAUUAAAUCUAAUAGCAAGCCUCACCAUCUUCGCCCACUUACUGAUGAAGAGAGUUUGGAAUUGCUGCAGAAAAAGCUAUUUGCCAAGGAAGAUUGUCCUCCAACAUUAAGUGAAUUUGUAUUGCAUGCAGCAAAAUACUGUAAGGGCUUACCUCUUGCAGUUGUCCUUGUUGCUGGAAUUCUUGCUACUACUCUGCAAGAUUGCUGGGAAGAAGUCGCAAGACAUCUAAGUUCCACCAUUUUUGUGGACAAUGAACACUGCAUGGAGACACUUGAGCACAGUUAUAAUUAUUUAUCAGAUUAUUUGAAGCCGUGCAUUCUUUACUUGGGUGCUUUUCAAGAAGACCAAGACAUUCCUAUCCGAAAGUUGUUAUGGCUUUGGAUCUCUGAAGGAUUCGUGCAAAAGAUUGAAGGAAAGAGUUUAGAGGAUGUGGUGGACAACUAUUUGAUGGAUCUAAUUGGAAGAAGUUUAGUUAUGGUUACCCGACGAAGAUCAUUAGGUGGGAUCAAAGUUUGCCGAAUUCAUGAUUUGGUACAUGAGUUUUGUGUGGCGAAAGCAAAAGAAGAAAAUUUUCUACAGAUUUUUCAUGGGGAUGAGCUUCUUACUUUUACUGGACUGUGUAAACCCCCUUCCCCCCGGCUGUCCAUUUUCCCUACCACCAGUGGGGGACCUAUAAAGUCAAGGCUGUUUUAUCCCAAUUUGCGUUGUUUGCUCUUCUUUGAUUGUUAUUAUGGACAGCUGGACGGAAGCUCACUCAAAUUUCUGUUAUCGAAACUCCUUAGAGUGUUGGAUUUGGGGAAGGUUGUUUUUUGGUAUUUUCCAAGGGAAGUGUUAUUCCUUGUUCAUUUGAGGUACUUGAGAAUUCAAUUGGAGAGCAAGGAAAUCCCAUCUGCUAUAGCCAACCUCUCAAGGUUAGAAACUUUUGCGGUAGGUGGACGCAUUUGUAGUUUUCUGUUACCAUACUCUAUCUGGUACAUUAAAACAUUAAAGCAUCUUGUCGUUUUUCCAAGUUACGGACGUGGUUUCGAAUUUCCCAUGUUCAAUCUUAAAGGCUCCCCAGAUUUAGAACACUUAGAAACUUUAUCCCUUGCAAUGGAUCCCUCUUCUCAAAGUCAAAGCUUGCAAAAGAUACUCUCAAAGUUACCGAGCAUCCGUAGGCUAACAUGCGUGAAUGGAAAUCACUAUUGGAAUUCCGCAUCUGCUGGAAAUCACAAUGGGAUUCUCGUGUUGGAGUACUUGAGUCAUUUAGAAUCACUUAAGAUGCUUAGAUUUGCCAGAUAUGGGUUUAAAUUCCCAUUGAAUUUGAGAAAGUUGACUCUAUCACAAUAUGGUCAGCCAUGGAGUAAAAUCUCAGCAAUUGGAAAGCUGCCCAACCUUGAAGUGCUUAAAUUAUGUUAUGAUUCCUUUGUGGGGGAAAAAUGGGAAAUGGAAGAAGGGGAGUUCCAAAACCUACGAUUCCUGAAAUUGUCAGGCUUGGACAUUCGCUGGUGGACUGCAUCUUGUGAUAAUUUUUGCUGUCUUGAGAAAUUGGUUUUAGAGAAUUGUUUUAGGCUGGAAGAGGUCCCUUCUUGUUUAGGGGAAACCCUCACUCUUGACAUGAUUGAGGUGAAAUGGUGUCAUGAGUCUGCCGUAAAUUCUGUGAAACAAAUUCAGCAAGAGCAGAGGGACAUGGGAAAUAAGAAUUUAAAGAUCGUGAUUGUUGAACGACGAAAGUGGUCCACGUCUUCUUCUUAG